CUGCGGCAGGAGCCUUAAAAUAGUCGCCGACCCCCUCGUGCUGCCUGCACGGUGCCUAAACCGAGAUGCACUACUGUCGUGCAUGACUCUAUAUGUAUUUUAAAUCGGUUUAGCGAUCUCGCUGGCGCAUUGUGCUUAGCUUUAUGGUUAAAUGAAAUGCCACACGUCCCGGGUAAAGGUCAAACUUCUUCUCUAAUCCGCGGAUCCGUGCGGCGGCUACUUAGUCUGCAGCUUCCUCCUCUGGUUUACAAAACGUGUCACUAGCAGUGAUGUCGUGUGGAGAUUGCAUAAAAAAACCCCACAGUAUAUUUUAUUUUUUUAUACAUAUAUAUAUAUAAAAAGAGCAGCCAAGCCUAUUCUUUUAACACUUGUCUAAUAUUAGAUCGCUGGCUGCUGCCAAGCUUUAUACGGCGCAUUGUAAACGGCACAGCAAUACGGUGUCUCUGAAGUCUCCUUUCUAGCCGUGGCACAGGUCGUUGUUCCUAUAAGUCGUAAAUAUAUAAGUCGGAGGUACAAGAUAAACGAGGUACCUAAACACAUUCAUAAGCAUCAGCCCGUAUUUAAGCUUAUAAAUACCGUGCGAGCGCUGCCCUUUAAAUCAAGCUCCAGAUGAACGGGGCUGAGGGCUAAUCGAAGUAGAUCACUACGAGUCCCCGAUUGCUUUUCACUUCUUUCUCAGGGAUUUUCACAAAUCUAGGAAUGAUCCUUCCAGUGGCCUGGAACCGGGCGGCGACGGGGUGGGGGGAAAGGGGGCCCGGGGAGGGGGGGGGGGGGGUGAUGUGGGGGAGGGAUCAGAGGCCGGUAAUUUAUUGCAUCGCUUUUAAUAUCCGAAAGGCUGGGUUAUUUGCCGAAGCUCCCGGCGCUCCGUCGGUGCCAUCAGCUCUCGCAGAGGUUUUAUUUUUUUUCAAACCCCGCGUAGCCCUCCCCGCCGGCUGCCGCUGCGCUGCCGCUGCCGGCUCCGUGGCUUGUGCAGUGGAAACUGGCAGGCUGCCAGGCGGAGCUCGGAGGUGGAAAAGAGUAAAGGCGCCAAAAGGGAACUCGUGCGCCGCUGCAAUUCUCCUCCCGACCCGCUUCCUGGCUCGCUGCAGCCGCCGGCCCCGCCGGGCUUCCUCCGGGCGCCCCCCACCCCCCGCCCCUCCACGCCCCUCGCUGAGACUUUCACCUCGAAACUCGCCGGCAGGCACCCCGGGGUCAUGGGGGCGGAGAGGGAGGGGGAAGAGCGGGCUGCCCUGUCCCGGCUGGCGCUGCCAUCGCCUCCUCUUUCCCCCGGAGGCACGGAGAAGUGGAGUCUUCCUCUUCCUCCUUCUCCCUCUCCCCGCGGGCAUCGGGUUUUUCUCGUUUCCACGCCAGCAGCGUGUUAACAAAACUUUGCUGCUGCUGGCGUCAAUGGCUGCCAAAAGUCUGUUGACGUUGCGAGGGAGACCCAAACGUUUCCCUUUUUAAUCAGCUGCCCGAGCGGUGCGCUGUGUGCCUGUGCCUGCCUCUGCGGCGCGGGGCGCGGGCAGCGCGGGAGGUGGGUGGGUGUUCCCGGCUCGGCUCGGCACGGCACGGCACGGCUCGGCUCGGCACGCCGGGGCCCCGCUCGGCAGCACGCCGGGAGGCAGAAUAUAAAACCGUGAAGAAAAGCGUUGAUUUUUAAGAAGACGUCAUGCUUUCUGCAACUCCCCUGUAUGGCAACGUUCAUAGCUGGAUGAGCAAUGAAAGGGUCCGCAUGUGUGGAAUUAAUGAAGACAGGAAAAUUCCCGUUAAUGAUGGUGAUGCACCGAAAAGCAGACUGGAGUUGAGGGAGGAAAAUCACCUGAAUCACAGUGUGGUGGAUGCAACUACAGCACAUCGCAUCGACAGUCUUGCAGCUCUGAGUAUGGACAGGUCUGGGCUCAUGCGAGAAGGACUCAGAGUGCCCAGUAGCAUUGUCUAUUCCAGCUUGUGUGGACUUGGCUCGGAAAAAUCGCGGGAUGCUACGGGUUCGAUAGCCAGCCUGGGAUUUACUCCUGAAAGAAAUCCAGAGAUACAGUUUAAGUCUAAUCCCCCCGAAGCGGUGGAAAGCGCAGCUGUCUCUGGAAAAGCCCCGAACGGCUUCAGUGCUAUAUACAAAACGCCACCUGGAAUACAAAAAAACUCUGUCCCGACAGGGGAGACGCUGGGUUUGGACCGAGCUGCGGGUGACAGGCAGAGUCCCCUCGGUGUCAAUGGUGCUAGUUACCUAAGGCUCCCCUGGGUAAACCCCUACAUGGAGGGUGCAACACCCACCAUAUACCCUUUCCUUGACUCACCAAAUAAGUAUUCGUUGAACAUGUACAAGGCAUUGCUACCUCAGCAGUCCACCUACAGCUUACCGCAGCACCUGGCUUACUCGCCCGUAUGUACGAACGGUGAACGUUUUUUAUACCUGCCUCCCUCCCACUACGUUGCCCCUCACAUCCCUUCGUCGCUGGCGUCGCCCAUGAGGCUCUCGACUGCUUCAGCUUCACCAGCAAUCCCACCUUUGGUGCACUGUCCGGAUAAGAGCUUGUCGUGGAAGAUGGGUGUGAGCCCAGGCACCCCCGUCGACACGCACGCCUACCCCCACAUCCAGAGCAGCAAGCAGCCCCGGGUCCCCACCGCCAAGCCGGCCCCUGCCAACUUGCCAGGAGAUCCCGCACUCCUGCUGCCGCACUCGCCCCGGCCAUCUCCCCGCCUCCCCCUGCCUGCCCAGGUCGGGGAUGCCUAUGCUGAUUUCCACAAACAUUUCCCCAGGAUCACCACCUCUCCCUCCUCUGCUGUUACGCUCCCAAAGCCCUACGUGAACAUCGGCAGUGAAUUUCCACCUGCUCGCCUCUCCAAUGGGAAGCUUCCCAAAGGCAGUGAUGCUGGGGAAGCACCCCUGCCAUCUGCCCCCCAUGCACGGAAAGCUGGUCACGACCGGAAGGACAGCAGGUCUCCCCCACUCCUGGAAAAGCAGACCCCGACCAAAGACGUCACCGACAAACCGCUGGACUUGUCGGCAAAAGUGGUCGAUGCGGAAACCGCUGGCAAGACGGACCACGGUAAGAAAAUUAUGCCAACGGUGCUGGUGCAUGGAAGGGCAGGAGGUGGGACACACUUGCCAGGCGGUGACAUCGUUCAGAAAGAAACCAUCUCUCCUGGGAACAGCUGCCCCAUCUACAGGCCCGAAAUUAUCAGCACGGCGCCGUCCUCCUGGAUCGUUCCUGGUCCCAGCCCCAGUGAGGAGGCUGGGAAGAAUGUCCAACUGAAAAACAAGGCACUGGACUGGGUUAUGCCACAGCCGCGGAGUUCCUCCUGCCCCAGGAUGGGUGGCACGGAAGCAGUGGUUGGCAGUGUUUCGGGGACCGUGUCAGCAGGGGGGCGGCCAGCGUCAGCGUCGCCAGCUCCCAAUGCCAACGUGGAUUGCGCCAAGACGGCCCGGAGCUCUGCAGAGAGCACCGCCUCCGUUAUACAGCACGUCGGGCAGCCCGUCGCCACCCCUGCUGCGAAACACAGCGGUAAGGUGGCCAAGUCCUGUGGUCAGGAAGCCAACUUCAAGGCGACAGAGACUGCCCUGGCCUCCAGCCCCAUCUUCCUGCCGCCCAAUGAGGCGUUUCGCUCCCCGCCUCUGCCCUACCCCAGGAGCUACCUCCCAUAUCCAGUGCCGGAGGGGAUCGCCAUCAGCCCUCUCACCCUCCACGGGAAAGGACAUGUCUACCCUCACCCUGUCUUGCUGCCCAACGGCAGCCUCUACCCCACCCACCUGGCUCCCAAACCCGGCCUCCCUUACAGCCUGCCAGCAGGGAGGGGGGAGUUCAUGGCCUACCAGGAUGCGCUGGGAGUGGGGAUGGUGCACCCCAUGCUAUUGCAGCAUUCGGCUUUGGAGAUCAGUAAGGAGGAGAAGACGGAACGGAGGUCACGGUCUCAUGAGAGGGCCCGCUACGAGGACCCGGCUCUGCGGGGCCGAUUGCCAGAGCUCCUGGAGAGCGGUGGGAAGAUGCAUUUUGAAAUGCCCGGUGACAAGAGCGUGAAAUUGCACCAGAACUCUGGCCAUAGCAAAAACUCUGCAAAAAGCGACAAACACCUUUUCCCGGAUCUUCUGCGAGACGAGCAAGAAGCUAAGAGCGAAGCAAACGUAACGAAAGCCAGCUUUGCUACAGAAAGCAGUAAUCAGACUAAUGACCCUACAAAGCACAAGGUAGAGCAGGCGUCUCAGCACAGAGAUUUUAUUGUAAUGAGAGAGGAGUUUGGAAGAAAUAAUGAUGUUCACGAAACCUAUAAUUUCAAGCAAGCCCAGAGUUCAUCAGUGUUCGGCUUAAGGAAAGAAGAUUUAUCUGUGAGCCAGCCUAAAGAGAGAGUGGCGGUCCAGCCUUCUCCUGUUUUCUUGGAAAGCGUGCACGAGAGCGAUGCUCCAGCUCUGGCUUUUGGCAAGGUGCAGGAGGACGCGAAGCCAUUCAGCAUGGGGACCGCGCCGCCAAGCAUCGAUGCCAGCCAGACCUAUACCAAAGACGGAGCCGACGACACGGAGUCUGCUGAUGGCAAAAUACUGAAACCCAAGCCGUCUAAACUGGCCAAGAGGAUCGCGAACUCUGCCGGUUAUGUAGGUGACCGAUUCAAGUGUGUGACGACCGAGCUGUACGCCGACUCCAGCCAGCUGAGCCGGGAGCAGCGGGCGUUGCAGAUGGAAGGAUUACAAGAGGACAGUAUUUUAUGUCUACCUGCUGCUUACUGUGAGCGUGCAAUGAUGCGCUUCUCAGAGUUGGAGAUGAAAGAGAGAGAAGGCCAAACAGCUACCAAAGACUCAGAGGUCUGCAGAUUCAGCCAGGCAGAUUGGGAAAACUUGAAAGGAAACAGUGAAAAGAAGCCAAAGUCUGUUGCUCUGGAAGAUGCCAUUGCUGACCAAAAUGACAAUGACAGAUGUAACUUUACUAGUACAGAAAACAACCGAGGUCACUUUCUUGACACUCCAGAGGAAAAAGAUCUCUCAAAUGAGAAAUGUUAUUUAGAGAGACAUUCUGUAUAUGAAAAGGCAGAAGACCAGCCAACGGAAGAUUUUGGCCAACAUUCAUGUCCACGUCUGGACAGGAAACGUAAACACUCUGGUGAGAGAGUGCAAAAUGAUGGCAGCCAAAAUGAAAGCUUUGUGGAUGAACUGCAGGAUGAAGUUAUAUCAAAAGCAAAAAAGAAGAAGAACUCCAAAGAUGACUGGCCUGAGAGGGAAAUGACAAACAAUUCCUCUAACCACUUAGAAGAGCCCAAUUGUAAUGAGGUGACCAACCUGAAGGUGUGCAUUGAAUUAACAGGGCUCCAUCCCAAAAAGCAGCGUCACCUGCAGCAUCUUAGGGAACUAUGGGAGCAGCAGGUGUCACCAGAGAGAUCCCCGUCCGGCAAGUUGGGCCGGCAAAGCAGGAAAGAUUUAGCUGAGGCUGUUCAGCCAGAGGCCACUGCAAAGGUCAAAGACUUCACAGAAGAAAGGCACACCAAGAAAAGGUCAGAGGCCAAAAGCAAUAGAAGUUGGUCUGAAGAGUCCCUCAAAACAAGUGACAAUGAACAAGGCUUGCCCGUAUUCCCGGUGUCUCCGCACAUGAAGAGCCUUUCAUCCACCAAUGCAAACAGCAAAAGGCAGGCUCAGCCAAGCUGUACUCCAGCCUCGAGGUUGGCUGCCAAACAGCAGAAAAUUAAAGAAAGCCGGAAGACAGAUGGGCUGUACACAGACGAAGAGGAGGAUUUCCAACAUGCAUCUCUGAUGCCGAAAUACAGCGAGUGUGAGAAGCCAUCAGGGAAACGUCAGUGUAAAACAAAACACUUGGCACUGCAGGAGAGGAGAAGGAGGUCAUCUCUGACAGGGGAUGACACCACAGAUAUCGAAAAUGCUGAAGAUAAGGUAACGGUAACGAGGAAAGUCAGGAAGCGACCGGAGCCGACUUCAGACUGCGACUCCUCGCCAGCCAAGCCGUACGAGCAGAAGCCGUACGAGCGGCUGCCGCAGCCGCCCUCGCUGCUCCCCGUCCCGCAGCCGGCGCAGCUGCCCCUCGCCAGCCCCACCGCGGAGACCACCCCGAGCCGGCCCAUGCCGCCCGAGGCGCGGCGCCUGAUCGUCAACAAGAACGCGGGGGAGACGCUGCUGCAGCGGGCGGCACGCCUGGGCUAUGAGGAAGUGGUUCUGUAUUGUUUGGAGAACAAGGCGUGUGAUGUGAACCAUCGUGACAACGCGGGUUACUGUGCCCUGCACGAGGCCUGUGCCAGGGGCUGGCUGAGCAUCGUGCGGCAUCUCCUCGAGUACGGCGCCGACGUCAACUGCAGCGCCCAGGAUGGAACCAGACCAAUCCACGACGCGGUCGAAAACGACCACCUGGAAAUCGUCCGCCUGUUACUGUCCUACGGUGCUGAUCCAACACUUGCAACCUACUCUGGGAGGACCAUCGUGAAAAUGACCCACAGUGAGCUCAUGGAGACCUUCCUCACAGAGUAUUUAACUGACCUGCAAGGUCGAAGUGUUGAUGACCCUGGUUUGUACUGGGAUUUCUAUGGCAGCUCUGUGUGCGAUCCAAAAGAUGAAUCUGGAUUUGAUGUCUUGGCAAAUCCUCCUGGCCCAGGUGAUGAAGAUGAAGAUGGCUUCAGCGAUGUGUUUGAAUUUGAAUUUUUGGAUGAGCCUCCCUUACCGUGUUACAACAUCCAAGUGUGUCUCUCUCAGGGACCACGGAACUGGCUUCUGCUCUCGGACGUGGUGAAGAGGCUGAAAAUGUCAUCUCGCAUCUUCCGCUGCAACUUCCCCAACCUGGAGGUUGUCACCAUCACGGAGGCAGAGUUUUACAAACAGACUUCCCUCAGCCAGCUGUUCUCUUGUGCUACGGACCUUGAAGCUUUUAACCCAGAGAGCAAAGAGCUCUUGGACUUGGUAGAGUUCACAAGCGAGCUCAAGACUCUGCUCGGCUCCGAGCUUCACUGGUUGCAUCCGCACGAGGACCCUCCCUUCGACAUCCUCUGGUGAACCAUCAGGCCAUUUAAUGUACAGCGCUCUAUACAGUUACUUCUUUAUGUAUAUGUGUUCAAAUGAAAUUGUUUCUGUAAAGAAAGGACACUAUUAAAUAUGAAAAUAUCUUUCCUUUAUAUAAGAGAUCUGAAUUCCAGUUGGAUGGAUUUUGGAAGAAUUUUUUUUUAACUUCAAUCAGUUUUUACAAAAAUUGUUAUAUAAUGUUUCUUUAAAUGCACACAGGCUUUGGGAUAAGUUUGUUAUUACUCUGAACACAUUUUUUUUUUUAAAGAACACACCCACACACAUUGACUUUGUUUCAUGCAAAGCACUGAUUACACAGAACAUACUUUUUCUAGGUGAUGUGAUCAAAGUCAUGUGGCUUGUUUGGGAGAUAGAAUUCGGUAAGGCACUUGGUGAUAUUAUUUUCGGUUUUUUUGUUUACAGAAUUACCUGCUUUGGCCAGGUAAGCACUAUUGAAUAUAAUUCAAUAGUUUGUAAUAUAAAUUAAACCAUAUCCAUACGCAUCAACUAAUUGUAAGAACUUUUAUAUCCUAAUUUAAAAGCUGUGAAAUUUAGUUUUCACACAUCAAACCGGAUUGUUUAUAUAUGUUUAAACAUUUUAUGCUCUUUAUUUAAAGAAGACUUUGAACUAUUUUUUCUGUACCUUGUAAAAUAUUGAAAAACUAACAUAUGUUGAAGUUGCUUGAAACUGUACAUAAACUAAAUUUUCUGAAUUGUGUGUUUAUGUUUGAGAUCUGUGUUUUAACUUUGUAAGUAAAUCUUCUGCCUUUGUAUUUAUAUUUUACAAAAAUUUUCUUAAAGGCAAUAAAACUGUUGAGAAAUGAAGAGGCUAAAGUGACUCCCAU